CGGGCCGGUGUAGAAUGAGAUCUGAGAGUCCUGUAGAAUGAGAUUUGAGAGUCGCUCAUUUGCGUGCGCAUUCCAACCCACAAACAAUCGCGGGCUUUCCAAAUUCCGUGACGGCAACUCAACCCUAAUCGCUGUGUAGCGCUGUAGAUUCAGACGAAACCAAAGAAGCGGAUAUUUGCUCAAAUAUCGAAAGCUUUGAUCCUUUCAAUUGGUGUCUUACUCCCCUUCAGUUAUCGGCGUAAUUUGAGAUUGGAUUGCAGAAGCACGAAGAGGUAAAGAGAAGCAGUAGAUAAAGGAUGGGGAAGAAAAAGAAGAGGACAUCAGAUAAGGUAUGGUGCUACUACUGCGACCGAGAGUUUGAUGAUGAGAAGAUUCUGGUGCAGCACCAGAAGGCCAAGCACUUCAAGUGUCAUGUCUGCCAGAAGAAGCUGUCUACUGCCGGCGGCAUGGCCAUCCACGUCCUCCAGGUCCACAAAGAGUCCGUCACAAAGGUGCCAAAUGCAAAAGCUGGCAGGGAAUCAACAGAUAUUGAAAUAUACGGAAUGCAAGGUAUCCCGCCAGAUGUUUUGGCUGCUCACUAUGGAGAAGAAGACGAAGGGGCUCCUUUAAAAGCAGCCAAAGCAGAUGUUUUGGCACCGCAGUAUGCUGGAGGUGUUGUUCCAGGGGCAUUGCCUGCUGCUUAUCCUCCCCUAGGCACAGUUCGACCUCUGUAUAAUACUGGUGUUCCUAUGCCUCGUGCUGGUUGGGCUGCACCACCACGACCUCAGCUGUGGUAUCAACAGUAUCCUGCUGUCUCCGUGCCACCACCCCCACCUAUGAGCUUGCCACAGCAGCCCUUGUUUCCUGUCCAGAAUGUUAGGCUACCUGUGCCAUCAAAUGCAUCUCCUACUACCCUUCAACCUUCAUUUGCAAUCACCCCUCCAGGAAUGCAGGCAUCUACUUCUGCUUCUACAGUCUCUCAACCCUUGUUCCCUGUUGUUCCACCGAAUGUUAAUCCUUCUCAGAGCUCACCAUUUUCUGCACCUAAACUCCCAACAAGCUCUUCAUCUGAAGUGCAGAGCGCUGUUAUCUCGAACCUUCCCAGUAGUACUCUUGCAGUAAAUGGCUAUCAGGCUGCAGGCAUUCAAGCUGCAGCACCACUGAAUUCACAUUCUUAUGCUUCUGGACCUAACACAAGUGGGCCUUCAAUCGGACCACCUCCUGUAAUCUCUAAUAAAGCUCCUGUCUCUCAGCCAACAACAAAUGAAGUCUACCUGGUUUGGGAUGAUGAAGCUAUGUCCAUGGAAGAACGAAGGAUGUCUCUGCCAAAGUAUCAGGUGCAUGAUGUUACUAGCCAGAUGAGCUCGAUAGAUGCAGCAAUUGACCGGAGAAUAUCAGAGAGCAGGCUGGCUGGACGAAUGGCUUUUUAAGACCCAUCAGAGUUUAGAAUAUAUUCAUCGACUCUCUUUGAAUGCAAGGUUCUUUGCAUCGUAUGGCAAGUUCGAGCUAAUGUAUCUGCUGGUCACGCAAAUCAACCCCAAUACAAUUUUAUAGGUAUUAGAUAGAUUGCUUCUUCUGCUCUUGCAAUGAUAUCUGGUGAAGACCAUUUAUGGGUCUCUGGACCUACUUAGCAUGUAUUACAAUGGCGUGGUGUAGCCAAUGGUUUCCUCUGAAAUUUACAUUCAAUUAUUAUAUCAUCUAAAAAUUAAAGUAUGCUUGUUGUACUUCUAAAGUAAAAAAGUGAACUACUCCGUAGAUGGCUGAUUGAUUCGAUUGUUUUUUAUUUAAUUCUGGACUAAGAUGCUAGCAGCUAGCUAUCACUUAUCAACAAGGAUCUUGAAGAUGAAAAUGUCAAGAAUAUAUUGAAAACCAUUAAUCUGAGUGUUCGUUUGGCA